AGAGUGCAGAGCUACAGUGGUGCUACCCGUCCCUUCUCAACACCUCCGCGCAUGAGGACGUAGGAGGUGAUGGCGGAAGAGAGGAGGCAGUGCGUGGACAGAAGGAGAGAAAUGGUGACAGAGGGAAAUGUGAGAGUGCAAGGAGGGUUGGUAAGAUAGGAACGGUUUCAAUCAUUAGGACCCAACUUGACCAGACAAACAUUGAGGGCUCCACGACUUUAAAUACUCCACAAAGUGAAGAGGCAACACCCUGGAAAAAAGUGACCCUCAUGGGAAGUGACUUCCCUCUUCCCCUGUCUCCCUCAAAACAACCAAUCGAACACCUUCUAGAUCCCUAUCAGAAGCCAAUCAGAAGCUCAGGACUAGACUGCGGGGACUUAGAUCCCUUUGUCCAAUCGGACAGCUUUGUUUACCUUGCCGUGUCUGCAAGGCCUGCCUCCUCCCUGGGUGAAGUCGCCACACUGACAGAAGUCCCCAGCUAUGGUAUAAAACACGACAUUGCGCAGUACCAUUCGGAAAGCACAAAAACACACCUUGACCAGUCAAAUACAGAAUGGACUGCCAAGCCGACUCAUCCUACCCCACAAAAACCAGAGGAAGGAGACUUCCUGUGCACUGACAGCUUUGUCUACCUGGCCGCUCCCGCCUGCCUCCUUCUCGGCCCUGCAGGAACCACACCCUACAGCGGCAGGGAGUCAGAUUCAGAGAGUUCAGGAUCCGGCCCUGUUGAUCUGUCAGUGCUGGGUUGUGGCUCGGUGGCAGGCGACAGCGAUUGGGACUCGGACCUGUCCGACUCCGAUCCCAGGAUCUCUGCUGCUGGGAACAAAUCUGCCGACGUAGGGCGGUCCAAGCGGCUGCCUGCUGAGCCUGGCUGGGACUUGUUUGGAGAAACCACCGAAGCCGAAGUGCUGAGUGAGCUCUUCACGGAACAGGACAAAAACAACAACGGCAAUGCAGGGAUGGUCACCGGGGUCACCGACGGCUCGGCAGAUACAUCGGCCGGUCCCGUGACGACCCAGCAUGUCACCACGCCGGUGAAACGGGCGACAUCGGCAGAGCAGUCGGCGACAGCGAAGAAGGUGACAUGGCAGUUUAGACCAGCCCAGAGGUCCGUCUGCACAGGAAGCAGGAAGGAGAAAGAGAAGGAAGCGACAUCAUUGGUAGGGUUCUCGGAACUGAGGGGGGGCGAGACCCAUAGACCCUCUUCAUCGUCCUCGUCGUCAUCGUCCUCGUCCUCGGGUUGAUAUGUGAAGGAAAUGGGUUUUUUUCUCGUGCAAACCAUUUGGGAGGUACUUCCAUUGCCUGAAGCUUAGUUUGUUGCCAAGAGAAGAAGAAGAGAAUAAACAACUGGAACCACUGGAGAUUUUUUGCCUGUAAAUUUAGAAUGUUGCAUCUAGCUGCUGCCAUUGCCUUCUUGUGACCUACUAAAGGCUGCAAGACUAGUUCAUUGUUGCAUUUUCUUAGACUAGCCUACUCAUUAUCGUAUAUAAUCAGUUUGAAGUAAUUAUCUCAAAGUUUUUGAAUAAAUAUCUGCUCAGUCACUGUCUGUUGACGGAUAAGCCAACACAAUGGGACUCAACCUAUGGCCCACUGAUGAAAAGCCCGUUCAUCUGCAGCAUUACGAACAUGGUGUCCGUAGCGACGUUCCCUGGGAACAUCACAAGCGGACAUUGUUUGGAUCUUUGGGAUGUGAGAUUCCAAAACACAUGUGCAAUUACCGCUUAUCGCCAUGGAGAUGGAAACGGAGAUCUUGGAGAUUGUAAGUUUGAGACAGUGUGAGACUCAGGCGAAACAUAAACCCACAGAUUGAAAUUAUGUGGAAAAACUGCCACUGACUCUUGGGUAAGAUAUGCACAGUGUCAUUCAUAAUGGGUUUUAACAAAAAGUAAAAACACAUUAUUCUCUAUCUAAAUAAGAAAUAUAAAUAGUUCUGUGGGUUUUAUUUAUUCUAUUGAAUGUACUGUACAGGAUAUAUACAACUACAACGAAAAUCCAUCUUAAAACCUAGUUCACCAAUGAGGCAUUCUCAAUGAUUUGACUCGUUCAACUGUAUUAAAAACAUUAAUUUAUCAUAAACACAUGAAAAUAAUUACAGUUGGAGAAAAGAAUUGUCUGCCAUCGCGUUAUCCAUUUAUAAAGAUCAAACAAUGUAAAUGUGUCUCAGGCCUUAUAUCAAAUUACACUUCCUUCCCCAUGUAACGCUUCCCUUUAAUACCUGCUCUUACUAGGUUAAACUUUAAAGUAUAUAACGUAUUUUAUAAUCGCAUCCAACAUUAACGUGUAUUUAACAGUUUGUCAAUAAUA